UCAAGUGUAACAGAGGGCAAUCGUCAGACACUCGGAGCUGGAGGUGCAGAACGAGCAUCAUGCUUUGCUUCUUCUUGUUUUGUUGUUUGUCAAGUACAACAUGUUCAGAAGAACUGAGUCGUCAGCGAAGGUCUUGGAUCAUUGAUUCCUUCACAAUUGAGGAGGAGCAUCCAGGGCCCUUCCCUUAUGUGCUGGGAAAGAUAAACAUUGAGCGCGACUAUCGAGUAUACUUUGAUCUCUAUGGGGAAGGCGUGGAUGAGGAGCCGAGGGGAGUCCUCUCCAUUCACAAAGACUCUGGCACCAUUUAUGUCCACAAGGCUGUGGACUAUGAGGAGAGGACGAUGCUAAAGCUACAAUUUGAGGCCAGGACGACAGAUUUAUCAAUUGACACUAAAUUAGGAGUUGAGAUUACCAUACAGGACAUCAAUGACAACCCACCACACUUUCAGAAUGAUCUGUAUGACAUCAGUGUGAAAGAGGAAGACAUACAAGGCUCCCAUCUCCUGACUGUGGUGGCCAGCGACAGAGACCAGAAAGGAACAGCGAACUCCACCUUCCACUAUGAGAUCAAAUCUGUGUCUCCAAACACUCCAGACACUGAAUUCGUCAUUGAGAAGACUGGAGCUAUUUCAUUCAAGGGAUGUUUGGAUCAUGACGCAGCUGACAUGUUCACGAUACUGGUGGAGGCCAAAGACAAUGGUGAAGUAGUCAAACUGUCCAGUUCAACCACCGUUGUCAUUCACGUCCAGGAAGGCAACAACCACCUCCCAACCAUCAGUGGACAGACGGGCAGUGGGAAAGUGAAGGAGGGGGCGAUUGGGUUUUCCCCUCUGCGGCUACACGUGGCAGACAAAGACACCCCACACACCCCUGCAUGGAGAGCCAGGUUCACUGUACAUGCUGAUGAGGGAGGACACUUCAUAAUUGAAACAGACCCAGACAGCAAUGAUGGAAUCCUGAAAGUAGUCAAAGCUUUAGAUUUUGAGGAGAGAGCACAGAGGGAACUGUCCAUCUCUGUGGAAAAUGAGCUUCCAUAUUUCUCCUGCCAAGUGAAGGGGAGGAGGUCCUCAGGCCUUUGGAUUGUUGACACCAUAAGAGACAAUGAUCCUGGUGCAGCUCAGCCUCACUCUGUCAAAGUCAUCAUCAAUGUGGAGGAUACCAACGACCCCCCAGUGUUCAGUGUGGCCAACAAAGAGGCCACAGUGGAGGAGAACACCCCCAUAGGGACGUGGGUGGAGAAGGUCACCGCUGUUGAUCCUGACUCCAGUCAAGCAAGAGAUUUUGUGUACAAAGUGGGCAACGACCCUGCAGGCUGGGUGACGGUGGAUCCCCACACAGGCGACAUCACAACUGUCAAAACACCAGACAGGGAAUCGUCUCAUGUUGUAAAUGAUGUCUACACCAUCUUGCUGUAUGCAGUGGAUAAGGGAGAGCCACCGAUGACAGGCACCGCUACACUGCAAAUCCAUGUAACAGACCAGAAUGACAACACACCACAGCCAGUAGAGACCUACUUGUAUGUGUGUAUGUCAGACAACCCCAUCGCCACCAACAUCACGGCCUUUGACCUGGAUGAAAAUCCUUUAGGAGGGCCUUUCACAUUUGAACUGCUGGGAGAUGUCAGAGGAAAAUGGAAACUGAAUCCUUCAUACGGUUACACGGCAGGUCUGGUAAAGGAGCCCAGUGUAUAUGCUGGACCGCACACAGUUGGUGUGAAGAUCUCUGACGUGCAGGGACAGUUUGGCGUUUACAACCUCAGCGUGACCGUGUGUGACUGUUCUGUGACGGGCAACUGUCGAACCCGCCGACACUCUGCCACCAGAGCUGCCUCUGGUGCUAUAGGGAUAGUGUUUGCCUCACUGGUUUUACUCCUGUUUCUGCUGCUGAUGGCAGUCGUCUGCUCCUGCAAAAAUGAGUUCAUUACUUUAGAGACUAUAUCAUCCGGGCAAACCCUCCUUGAAUCAAACACAGAGAAACCCGGCACAGACUGCCAGGUACUUGACAGUGUCCUGACAGGAUCUUCUGAGAAGAAGCGUCGAGAUUCCACUACUGUACAUGAUAGGAUGCAACAUACGGAAUUUUCAAAAGAAAUGAGACAAAGCUUCAGGAGCAGACACUCCAUAAAAGUGGACGACCGAAGAGAGAAUCACUUGAACCUACUCGCUGACAACUGCACACAAACAACCUGGAACCCUUUCACAGCCAACGACUAUAACCACACCCACCAGUACAAGGACAUGGGAACACUGACUUCCGUCAACCAAACAAAUAGCCAUGUGUUGGAUGACACUCUCCGCAUCCUGCUGCACAGGAAGCUGUCCACUCUCCAGGAGAUGGAGGACGAGAUGCUAGACGAUGAGCUUCACAUGUACGCAGACGAGGGAGAGUCCCACAACCUCACAGAGCUGGAGGCCAUCGCCAUCGCACCUGAUGACACAUCCUUCCUGAAAGCACUACAAGAAUUGGACCCCAAGUUCAACCAGUUGGCUUCCAUUUGCAAGCCACCACAUAUACAAAACUGAAAAGCUGCUCUUUUACCAUUUGGCGUUCAUACAUUUUGUUUGGUGGUGGAAAUAGAUCUUUCAGAGCUGGUGGCCCAAGGUAGAAGCGAACCAAGUGGGGCAGCACAGUAUUGAGAUUUCUUUUUAUUUUAACAAUAAAGAUACCUUAGAUAUCCAGAUUGUAUCUACAUUCAUUUUUGGGUGGUCUGUACAGCAACAAAACAGGAGAUCCAAUUUUUCCAAAGCUGAUUCAAAGCACAUUAUGGAGGUGUUUGGAAUGCAAUUCUGAUCGGAUCCGACUGUCUUGGUUGCUCAGAUGGGAUUUUAAAGUUUCACUCACAGCACGACUCGAACGACA